AUGGCAGGAGGUGCAGCUCCAGCAGCUAAGGCAGAUGAGCCGGCGCCCCAUCCACCUAAAGAUCAGCUUCCAAAUGUUUCUUACUGCAUUACGAGUCCUCCACCUUGGCCUGAAGCAAUACUUCUUGGCUUUCAACAUUACUUGGUGAUGCUCGGAACAACUGUUAUCAUCCCUACUGCUUUGGUUCCUCAGAUGGGGGGAGGAAAUGAGGAGAAAGCCAAAGUUAUUCAGACAGUACUCUUUGUUGCUGGAUUAAACACAUUGCUGCAAACAACAUUUGGCACAAGAUUACCUGCUGUUAUUGGGGGCUCGUAUACCUUUGUUGCACCAACAAUUUCCAUCAUCCUUUCCGGCCGAUGGAGUAGUGAUCAAGAUCCUGUUUCGAGAUUUAAGAAGGUGAUGAGGGCCACUCAGGGUGCCCUUAUUGUUGCUUCAACACUUCAAAUUGUCUUAGGUUUCAGUGGUCUCUGGCGCAAUGUUGUGAGGUUCUUGAGUCCACUUUCGGCUGCUCCUCUGGUGGGGUUGGUUGGGUUUGGUCUGUAUCAGCUUGGUUUUCCUCAGGUUGCUAAAUGUGUUGAGAUCGGGUUGCCCAUGCUCAUCCUUUUAGUUCUUUUCUCUCAGUAUUUGGUCCAUCUGAUAAAACCUGGAAAAAAUAUUUUUGAUCGCUUUGCGGUCAUAUUCACGGUAGCCAUUGUGUGGAUAUAUGCUCACUUGCUGACUGUAGGCGGGGCUUACAAUGGUAAAUCACCGAGAACCCAGGCAAGCUGCCGCACUGACCGUGCAGGGCUUAUUGAUGCUGCUCCAUGGAUAAGAGUUCCUUACCCUUUUCAGUGGGGACCACCAUCUUUUGAUGCUGGAGAAGCCUUUGCUAUGAUGAUGGCUUCUUUUGUAGCUCUCGUAGAGUCUACUGGUGCCUUUAUUGCCGUGGCUAGAUAUGCUAGUGCAACUCACAUGCCACCAUCCAUACUAAGCAGGGGUGUAGGUUGGCAGGGAAUCGGCAUCUUGUUGUCUGGGCUGUUUGGAACUGGAACCGGAUCUUCUGUCUCUGUUGAGAAUGCUGGCCUACUAGCGUUAACUCGUGUUGGAAGCAGAAGAGUGGUUCAGAUAUCUGCUGGGUUCAUGAUUUUCUUCUCCAUCUUAGGGAAAUUUGGAGCAGUCUUUGCCUCCAUUCCAGCACCAAUUGUUGCUGCACUAUAUUGCCUUUUCUUUGCUUAUGUGGGAGCUGGAGGCUUGAGUUUUCUUCAAUUCUGCAAUCUGAACAGUUUUCGCACCAAGUUUAUACUAGGCUUUUCAAUCUUCUUGGGGUUGUCUAUUCCACAGUACUUCAAAGAGCACAUAGCCAUCGAAGGGUUUGGCCCGGUCCGCACGAAGGCGAGAUGGUUUAAUGACAUUGUCAAUGUACCUUUCUCAUCGGAAGCUUUUGUUGCGGGAAUAGUGGCAUAUUUCCUGGACAAUACACUGCACAAGAAGGAUUCUCAGAUAAGGAAAGACAGAGGUAAGCACUGGUGGGACAAGUUCAAGUCGUUCAAAAACGAUACCAGAAGCGAGGAAUUCUAUUCCCUGCCCUUCCGUCUAAACAAAUACUUCCCAUCGGUUUGA